AGGUUUUAAAGUUGUACGCCUGGGAAAAGUCAUUCAUUGAGAAAGUGUUGGGUAUCCGUAAACUUGAACUGCGUCAACUCAAACUUUCGAAGUUCGUCUGGUCUGCACUUUCAUUCACGUACCUCUGUGCGCCAUUUGCUGUAAGUUAAGGUGUAGUGUAAUGUAAUUUAGCAGCUGUGGUCACCAAUGUAACCGAUGUGGUCACCAAUGCAAUGUCAAGGAAAGAGAAAAACAUUUUCCACCUCUUCAUGGGACUUUCUUUGUAUCUGUCUUUGUAGUUGCAUGCAUUUGACUUUUUCAUUCGUGAACAAUCACUAAUUCUCUUCGUUCCUUCUUUCUCUUCUCUUUCUCUAUUUUCUUUGUUAUUAUUUUAACCUUUUCUUUCUGCUGGCUUCAAGCAUUUUCUGGGAAACCAAUGGUCCCAUGAUUUUCUGUUGCUUCUCACCCACCUGCUAAAUUAUUACCAGUUAUUUGUAGGUGACUUUCAUACAGGGAUUACAUCGAAUGCGAGUUCAAAUUAGUUCAAGGUUGAACCAUUAAAAAGUAGACUUUCUUUUUCAUUAGGUCUCAGUGGUCACAUUUGCCACCUAUGUUUUACUGGGUAAUACCCUGACAGCUUCCAAAGCAUUCGUAGCACUGGCACUGUUCAAUAUUCUACGUUUUCCUUUGACUGCCUUACCAUGGAUGCUCAUGAAUAUUAUACAGGUACGACAACAAGCUGACGUUUUGUGCCCACCGGGGGCCGGUUGUUCAAAAGCCGAUUAGCUUAACCCUGGUUUAACCUAAAAUUCAAAGCAAACGUCCUGACAACUUGUUUAUGAAUUUGGAAAUAUUUCUUCAAAGAUUUUGUCUGGAUCGAUAGAAAUUUUCUUCUCUCAAGUUUUGAAAUAAAUAGACGUGCAGAAAUGCACAAACUAAAACAGCAGGUUAAAUUUUAUCCGAGGGUUAGCGCUAACCCAACUUUGAACGACCGGCCCCGGGUAAAUACCUCGCUCCACGAGCAUGGGCCUGGGGACGAGAAUGUCCAAGGCAAUACGGCGGUUCUGCCUCCUACCAUGGAUAAUAAAAUAAAUGGAUAGGACUCUAGCUGACGUCACAGUCUAAACCUAGUUGCAAUCUGUGACGUCACGCGUAUUGCCAAAGUUCUCGGCAUUUUUGUUGUUUCGCUAUAUUUCCGCUUUAAAAGAGUAAUAUUGAAGCAUAAACUGGUCUAAUUGUUUUAAAAACAUGCCUAUAAGCCACGACAAAGUAUUCAAGGUAAAUGUUUUUCGUCUUUGUUUCGUAUUUUUUUUACAUUUGUAGCUACGAAGUUUAGCUGUAUUAUUGCUAAAUAUGCCGUUUUUGAGAAUUUGGUUUGCAACUAGGUUUCAACAUCCAACCAUGGAUAAUAAAAUAAAUGGAUUGGAAACUUCUGACGUCAUUGACUGCAUCCUUGUUGAAAAACGUGACGUCACGCGUAUUGCGAAUGUUACCAAAGUUCUCGGCAUAUUUGUUGUUUUGCUAUAUUUUCCACUUUAAAAGGGUGAUCUUGAAGCGUAAACUGGUCUAAUUGUUUUAAAAACAUGCCUAAGCCACGACAAAGUAUUCAAGGUAAAUGUUUUUCGUCUUUGUUUUGUAUUUUUUUACAUUUGUAGCUACGAAAUUGGCGUCACAAAUUUUAACGAAAUUUGCGAUGUAUUUUUUACUGUUUAGUGCUUGAAAUAUUUGCUAAAAUUGACUGGGAAUACUUAGAGUUUUCAUCGUAGAAUGGCAUGGUUAUAUUUAUUGACUAAAAUACUUAGCUGUAUUAUUGCUAAACAUGCCGUUUUUGAGAAUUUGAUUUUCAACCAGGUUGAGGCAUCCAACCACGCCAUCAAUCACAGUAAAAACAUUAGGUCACGUCAGCUAGUUUCCUAUCCAUUUAUUUUAUUAUCCAUGAUCCAACCACGCCAUCAUCCCAUUGAAAACAUUAGGUCACGUCAGCUAGAGUCCUAUCCAUUUAUUUUAUUAUCCAUGCAUGCUCUUACAUAGGUCCUGCUGCAGCUUGGGAAGGUCACACACAAAUUAUGCAGGGACUGCGGAAUCUUGCAAAUAAUUAGUCAUUAUUUUACCAAUUAAAUAUGCAGUAAUGAUUUCUAGUAUUUAAGUAGCGAUAGUUUCAACUAAUCGCAAAUACAACUUUCGGCAAAAUCGUAUCUGAUUGAUCCGUUAUAUUUUUCCUUAGCAACGCGUAGCAAUCAUGAAAAUUCACUUUUCGUUGGUCUUUUACGACCUUUUAUAAAUUUAUGGAGGAGAGUGCCACAGUGAAUUAAUUUCUCUGUAGACCACUUGCAUAAAGACGGAUUUAAAUAUUAUUUCAUGUGGAACAUGAUAAGCCUUCUUGGUCUCGCUUGUGUGACUGAUAUUGAAUAUAAAUUUAGAGGAUGUGAGCAUAAAAGAAUUAGAGCAUAAAAUAUGCGCAUUAAAUCUGUCUCAAUUAUGAAAAUGGUCCAUUUGAUUUUUAGGAUAUGAUGAAAACUAGAUGCACGUAAUAAAAACUAACUUUUCAUUUGCUGCGCAUGCGCAAAUAUAGGCAAAUAAUAAGGAAUGCAGUGAUAACUUCUAGAGUGAAAAAUUUGAUCAAUUAAGAUGAUGUUUUUACUAUAAAGAUAUUAAUUUUCUUUUUAUAAUGACAUAAUAUUUAAAAGUCGACCUAUACUGAGUUGAUAUUAUUUUGCAGGCUAUGGUUUCAGCAAAACGUAUAGAAACAUUUCUGUCCUUGCCCGAAUUGGACAGCGAAAAUGUGAAGAAAAGAUCUGAGACUGGUGAGUUACCUUUGCUCACUUUAAUUUCUCAAUUCGAAUGCAUGCAUGCUGCAAUUGCGUAUUUUAAAUCCAAUAGUUUUAAUCUAAUCAAGUUUUGCUGCAUACAAAAAAUAAAUACUAGAUAAAUAGUAAUAUGCAGAAGAAACAAUACAAGGAAACUAAAAGUAAUUCCACAAAAAAAUGAUCAAAAGGAUCAUGCAAAAAAGGGAUUAAUAAAAUAAACCAAAUGUUAUUAUACGCAUCCCAAGAGACACAAUUAAGAUCGAUCAGGAUCAUAAAAUACGGUUUUAUAGUACUGUUGUUUUUUUUAUAACGCUAGCGCGGAAAGUUCUAAUGUUUUCAGGUAGGUCGUUCCAUAAAUAAACUAUUCGGUUAAAAAAGUUUAUAACUUAUAAUAUGGAUACUGGGGUAUGUUGAGUUUUGAUGUACUAAGCUUGCUGCCGUAUCUUAGCCCGUGACGUGGCUAUAAACUAACAUUUUCAAUGCACUUAAUAAAUCUUCUUCAAAGCAAAUCUUUAAAACCAAACUUCAAGAAACAUAUCAGAAGAUGGUCUGAUAUCACGUGACAAGUUUUAGAAGAGACGAACACGUUAUCAUCCAACAUGGUAGCCCCAAACAAACUAUAUUACAGUACUUUGAAAAGUUACCAUCCUUCCUGAAACCAGGCAUGAACAUUAUGAAACCGUUAAUUUUCCAGAGGUUUUAUUCAUAAAAUAUUGGGUUUGGAGAGGAUUAAGAUAACAAUUAUAGGUUUGUCUCACAGGGGUCGUGCAUGUCCCUUGAAUUCCUUGAGAAGUGCUUUUUCAAUACAAAAUAUGUUAAAAGACCUUGAAUGUAUCCAUGUAAUGCACAUAUAUAUGGGCCACUAAAAAGGGUGAAUUUCCCUAGUGUAAAGGGAAUCCCAAAUAACAAUCUUUAAUUCUCUAAUUAAGGGUUCUCUAAUGUGAGUGUUUUGUUUACAAAUACAUGCACGAGCUGACUGCACAAUGAACGAGAAAUUUUCAAUACUGAACGAGGCGAAGCCGAGUGCAGUAUUGAAAAUUUCGAGUUCAUUGUACAGUCAGCAAGUGCAUGUAUUUGUAAACAAAACACGAACUUAAAGUCUCUAACCCAUUUAAUAUAUUAUCUGAGUUCACUGCUUGCAUGCAAUUACUGUACGCCUUUUGUAAACAAAACAAAACAAAACAAAACAAAACAAAAUUAAAUUAAAUUAAAUUAAAUUAAAUUAAAACAAAGCAAUUCCAGUUUGGAAAACAUUUACUAACACAUUUUUAUCAUAAGUUUUUACCAAUAGUCUAAUUUUAAGUACAUUGCAAAAUAAUUGCGUACAACUGUUUUUAAAACAAGACAGCGAAUACAAUGAAAAACCCGACUAGACUUAAAAAUAAUUGUUUUUGUUUGUGGAAACACCACGUAAAUUUAUUACUGCAAAGCUUUCGAUCCGUAAGCCCGGAUCUUCAUUCAAAGAACUUAUUACCGACUAGACUUUUUAAGCAGGAAUUGUACACGCGACAAAAUCGUGAAAAGUCAGUUUUUGCUUCGUUUAUUUACCUUGUUGCACCAGUUUGUUUGGCUUUUUAUACUUUUAGACAUUGCAUUAUCUACAAUUUGAUUAAUUUCGUCUUCACUGACUCGUGUAAACCUUGAAAUAAUGCACGUUUUUUAUGCGUUAUUGUCAAUAAUGCACUCGCCGAAUUCGUUGUUGCCAGGUAACAAAAACACACGUGAUCGAUUUUGACCAAUGGCGUGCGUGUAUUUUGUACAGUGAACGAAGAUUAUAUAUUAAAAGUGAAUAAACCAUACUGUGCCAAAUAGUCUCUCAAGGUUCGGUCACACGAGGUAACAAGUUGCAGGGACUGGUCGCAGGGACGAAUUUCAUCGUGUGACAUAUGUACAAAUAUUGUCGCGUGGAUUGAUUUUUGCAUGAAUUGUCAUGCAUGAAGUAGUCAUGUUGCCAUGCAGAAGUCUAAGAGUUUUAGGAAUCGAAAGGUCUAGAAAGGACUUCAGCGUUAAGCAAAUUGUUUUGUACUUUGAUAAUUCACCGAGCACGUUUCUAAAUAAUGCAUAUCAUGGUUGGCAGAAACAGCCAUUUUUUCCUCGGGAAUUUAAUAUACUCAGAAAUUUUAUUGUUAAUGAUACCCUCAAGUCUUAACUGUCAAUAUCUGUUGAAAGUUUUAGUAUCAUUACCUAUUUUCUUCAGUUCAUUCGAAAACUGUCUUCCAUUCGAAAAUUGUCUUCUUUUUGUGAUAAUUGUUUUCUUCCAUACUUCAGAUGAAGUUAUCAGUAUAGAUGAUGGUACCUUCUCGUGGGCAGAAAACCAACCAGCCAUUCUCAAGAAGUGAGUAUUAGUAUUAUUUAAGAUAGAGUUUGGAAUUAGCUCCUCGAGUGGGAUGAUGCUUUGUAGAGCUGCUCCGAUUAAAUUUGUCGACGACCAAUGGACAUUUGACGAUUAAUGAGCACUAGUAGUAUCAGAGAAAUAAAAAAGAAUUCAUUUGAUCACAUCGACAAUACCAUCUCGUAAUUGUUUUCAAACGGGAAAGAAGUUAUUCAAGUAUCAUGCUAUAUCAUACACGGCUGUUUUGUUGAUAGGCAAAAACAAAAAAAUAAUCGAUCUUCGAGAGCAGCUCUAAUACUUUACAAUUUAACUAUAUAGCAUUAAGCAAUUCAACUACAUUCAUAUUUGAUAAUAUUUUAUUUAGUAUCAACUUUCGUAUAAAAAAGGGUUCUUUGGUUGCUGUUGUUGGUCAAGUUGGUUGUGGAAAGUCUUCCUUACUUUCCGCAUUGCUGGGAGAAAUGGAAAAAUCAAGCGGGCAGGUCGUAAAAAAUGUACGUAUAGAUCUUAUAUGAACUAUAGUAAUAGAACACGUCAUGCAAUUAUCGUGUGUCCAUACAAUUCUCGAAACACGCGAGAAAAAAUGAGAUUUCAGUAUAACUUGGUCAAUUUUAAAACACGCGAUUUUCUUACCCCUGCGGAUUGAAAAGAUGUAAUAUUGUUUUGGCGAAAAAAUACGUAUCAUGAAAGAUGAUAAACAAAGAUCGGCAAUGGGUUCGACUUGACAAAAAUGUAAGCACAAAAGUUAAUUUUAAAUAAAUAACUAAAGAAUGAGAGGAAUGCAUGAAGUGUUUGAACGUCCAUUCGCCCACGUUUCGACCAUAACCAUUUAAGCAACUCACUUUUUUCGGAACAGUGCCGACACUUGUCGCCGCCCACCCCAAUAAUUUCUGAAAUCCCUUGAAUGAUAUAGCUGAGUAACUGUGUAACAAAGCUGUAACAAUAUUUUUUCAACCAUGAAAGCACUGGUAGGCCAUAUAUUGCAUGACAUUUACGGCAUACAAAAAGUGGUCAUAUGAUGGCAACCUAAUUCGCUCCCUUCUCCCCCUUCAAUAUUUCGCGACAUUUUUGCCACUGUUUCGGAAUUUGCCAGCCACCUGAAGAUUCCUUCAUUGGAUGUAGUGGUAACCUUUUGGUGAGUGAAAGCCAUAUUUACGCUAUCUUUAUGAUAUCGAGCACUCGUUAUCAUUUAAACUCACGCAUGCUCUAAUAUUCUUUGUAUAUUAUUCCAUUCCUGCAGGGAUCAACAGCGUAUGUUCCUCAGCAAGCUUGGAUUCAAAAUGACACAGUGAGAGAAAAUAUUCUCUUUGGGAAAUGUUAUGAUCCUAAACGUUACCACAAAGUAAUUGAUAGCUGUGCAUUGACACCAGAUCUUGAAGUUCUUGCUGGAGGAGAUAAAACACAGAUCGGAGAGAGGGUAAGACACUGGUAAAAUUAUAAUUAGAGAGCUUAAGCAAGCCACGUUUUGACAACACGUACGCCAACCGGAAGUCAAUGGAGCUGUUAUAGAUGGCGAGUGGUGGAGAUAGCCGUUCUUAUUUGAAACUACAAACGUAAAACACAGCUGAAACGGCAACCUGAAGGGAAGAAGUGAGGCAAACAAAAAUGCCAACGCCACCUGACACCACUGCUUAUGCAUGCUGCGUACCCCACAGUUGCUAACGCCGUCGAAUGUCAUCAGUCAUCACCAGCUCGCAGAGUAGAUAUGAUACAAAGGUUCGACUCAACCAAAAAACCCGUAACCGCUGCCACGUAAUGAUUCGCCAUCGAAAUGCACUCGCCAUGGUCGUAGCCAGUGCGUUUACGAGAGGCAUUAGAGAGGUUUAGCAAAGACGACGCGACGUCAAAGACGACGUGAAAAUGGCGUAAAAUUGGCGUGAUAUGCCCAUCUAUAGAUCUGCCCAUCUAUAGAUCUGCCCACGCCAUUUUUACGCCUUUUUACGUCGUCUUUGACGUCGCGUCGUCUUUGCUAAACCUCUGUAUUAACCCUGAACGUCCACCAUUUUGAAUGUUUUAGGGGGUUAUGGCAUCUUCUUAGCGCACUGGCUAGGACCAUGGCGAGGACCAUGACCAUCAAAAUUUAGGCUGAUAGCGAGAUUACCGCGUAUCUACGUGGUGCAGCCUGGCUGAAAAAAGUACCAAGUCGUAAUAUUAUUGGCGUACUUCUGGUGCAUAAGUACGCGGUUUAUCCCAGCCUGAAUUAGCCAAAUAGAAUCUAUUUGCAAUAAAAUAAAUGCUAUUAAUUAUGCGUGCAUUGCAUAUGGCUACCGUGGCGAAUCAUGCUGAUAUUCUCGAAUAAAAACAUCCACAUGUAUGUAAAAAGUCAGUCAACGCUCUGCCGAAUGUUGUGCAUUUUCUGUAGGUACCCUGGUUUUCUCCUAUAACAAUAGGAAUGUUGGCAGUGUGGCCGGGUUAGGAUAUACUGUAUAUAGGAUUAGAUCCAGUUGAAAUACAUAGCGUGAUUAAAGAAUUAGUGCCAGGGUCAUGCAUUGCGGGCUUUUGUUAUUGUUUACAUUUUACUUAAAUACAACAAAUAGCGAUAAAAAUACCUUGUUUGGUGCAUUUCUGAUAAAAAAUUACACAAAAAGAGCAAGGAUUAGAAAAGGAUGGUUUAAAUAUAUGACGUAUUGUAAAAACUUUCCAGAUCAUCUAAUCUAUUCGUCCCGAAAAAUGGCCGCUAGCAGGAGUUUGAGCCAUCGAAUUCCUGGUGUGACACUAAUCCUUUAAAUGAAUGCCAUGAUUACUAUACAACAUAAAUCUUAAAACAUACUUUGAAAGCACACAGCAGUCAUGGUUUUAUCCAUGCAUUGUUUUAGGGUGUAAAUCUGAGUGGUGGUCAAAAACAGCGUAUCAACCUAGCAAGAGCUGUGUAUUUCAAUGCAGACAUUUAUUUACUUGAUGAUCCUCUCAGUGCAGUGGAUGCUCAUGUUGGUAAACAUAUCUUUGAUCAUGUCAUUGGACCUCAAGGUUGCCUUAAAAAGAAAGUAAGUCUUAGUUAUAAUUCUUUAACUACCCACGAUUGACGAAGAAUAAUAAUGACUUGCUCAAAUGGUAGAGAGCCGGUUGUAUCAACAUUCCUAAUAAUGGCUAAAGGCUAAAAGCUAUGAACCUAUACAGGUAUGGACCUCGCAAUAAACAAACUCUUUAAUUUAUAAUUACUAAAUUUUCUGCAACUGUCUCCCACAGUGACACAUAAUAAAAAAGCGGUCAAGCUGAUCAGACCUUAGAAGAGAUAUUUUUCCCAAAG